AUGUUCGCAAACGCAACACCGAAGAAGGCUAUCACCUUCACGAAAUACAGCGUGAGUUUGUGCUGCGGUUGGCCGCUCCCUUCGUCAGCGAGCAAGCGUCAAUUUUACGGUUAUCUAGUCCUGAAAGUUGUGGGUGCUCUACUCACCGUCGCUGUGUUUUUGCCUGCGCUCUGGUCGCUUUAUCUUCACAUUGAUGAUCCAGUGAUCACCGGCAAUACGUUCGGUCUCGCAUGUGCUUUGCUUCAAAACUUCGCAAGUAUAAUCAUCUGUACCAUCCAGCACAAUCAUUAUCAGCGACUGAUCGAGGAAAUGACGAAUUAUUUAGAUAAGGCGGAGUCCCAUGAAAUGGCUAUCUUCCAGCGAUACGUGGACACGUAUUCUACAUAUCACGGGACAUCCACGUUAUUCCCCUAUCUUUGCGCGACACUCGUUGUGGUCGCAACAUUGUUCUUGGAACAGCCGUUCCCGGUGGUCACCGAGUACCCAUUCCGCGUCGAUUACGAACCCAUCAGAACAAUCAUUUUUCUAAAUCAUUCAUUCGUCGCUUUACAAAACGGUUCGAGUAUAAGCUUGAACACGCUAACAGCGUUGCUACUUUUAUUUGCUGCAGCACGAUUCGACAUAUUGAUGCUACAUUUGGGAAAAGCUGUUACCGUCGCAGACUUAAAGGAAUGCAUGAAAAUGUACGAUGAUGUGAAAAGAUAUGCACAUGAUGUCGUUGGCGGCAUCCAGUACAUAACAUUGUCCACAGUUUUAUUCACUAGUAUAAUCCUUGUAAAUGCCGGACUCAAUAUCAUUGGGAGUGAAGGUGCUUUACGGAGUGUCUACAAUGUAAAGUGGUACGAACGAGAUAGUAGUGUGCAGAGAAUGAUAUACCGCAUGAUGGUGCGACAGAAGCCAAUAGUCAUCAGCUUCGUAUACCUCGUGCCGCAACUAUCCUUGGACUAUUAUUGUUCGUACAUUGCAAACGCUUUCUCUUUGUUCACUACUCUGCGUUUUCUACUGAGUGAACCGGAAGAGAUAGUAGCAUCUGACAUUGCUAAUGCUACCUGUUGCAACAAUUAA